AUUGUCGGAUUGCCGAACCGAUCCGCGUCGCAGAGCCUCCAUCGGGCUCGGCCCUGGGCGUUUUCGGACGCAUCCGGAAUCAAACGGCGUCAGGAUCGGGACGCCGCCAGCUUGGUUGACCUGGAUGUGAAAUCCCAAAAUCGGGCUGUGUUUCGAUUUUUUCUCUUUUUUUUUUCUUUUUCUUUUUUUUGACGGCCCGUUUCGAAUAAGAGAGAGAAAAAAAAGAAACCGUGACUGCAACAGCUCGCUAACUCACAAGCCGUCAUUUUUGUUUUCCCGAAUUAUAUUUCAUAAAAAAGGAAACACCAAAAAAAAACAAAAAAAAAACAGCAUGGGCGAAGUAGGAAGUGCAUCGCUAGCGCGUUAGUUGUGUUGCAGGCUGCAGGAUGGAGAACAGGUUGCAGGAGCGGGUGGCAGCGCUGCGUGUUGUUAGCCGGUUAGCUGACCUCGGCUAAAGGCUCCAUAGCCCGAGAGCCGAGUUCGGGUUUCGCCAGUCAUGCGUUUGAACGGGCGCACCAUUCUCGUUAUUUCCGCGCCUCCCCCCCCCGAGCUAGCGGCUUUCUCGGCACAGCGGACUGGCAGCCUUCGCCGGGGAAAACACUCUCACCUGCGUUGAAACUUGGCAAUCGGGAUUUCUGCCGUCUCGCAGCUGACCAAACCCAGCUAGCCCCUUAUUGCCGGAAGGGUCUGGACCCCCUUGCUUCCUAUACGGUCGAGGGGCUUGUCGGCCACUUUGUUACGGGCUUCAAACAACUUGUCGUCUGGACUCUUGCGGAAACGUUUGCGUUUAGGGUUGCCAAACUAACGACCGCUAUGGCUCAAGAGGCGUUUCCCUUGCAUUUGCUGGUUUGGAAUAAUCAGUAUCUGGAGCUGGACCGAGAGCUGCAGAAAAACGAGCAGGAUGUGGGGCGGCUGGACCCGCGGGGUCGCACCCCGCUGGAGCUGGCUGUGUGCCUCGGCCACCUGGAGUCAACCCGGGUACUGCUCCGACACUCGGCUGACCCAACGCAUUGCAACGCACAGAGCUGGACUAUUUUGCAGGAGGCGGUGAGCACUGGGGACCCAGAGCUUGUUCAGCUGGUACUUCAGUACAGAGACUUCAAGCGGGCCACCGAGAGACUGGCGGGCAUCCCAGAACUUCUCAGCAAACUAAGACAGGCACGGGACUUCUAUGUGGAAAUGAAGUGGGAGUUCACCAGCUGGGUGCCCCUGGUGUCUAAGGUGUGCCCCAGUGACGUCUACAGAGUGUGGAAGAGCGGGUCGUGCCUGCGUGUGGACACCACCCUCCUGGGCUUUGAACAUAUGACCUGGCUGAAGGGCCGGCGCAGCUACAUCUUUAAGGGAGGAGAUGAUGGGGCCAUGGUGAUGGAGGUCGAUCACGAGAAGCAAGUGGUGUACACAGAGCCUCUGGUGCUGUCGCCUCGCGAUGCCCCCUCCCUCCUGGCGGCCAUGCAGCCGUCACAGGAGAACACGGCUCAGAGGCUCACAUCCCCCAUAGUCUCCACGCACCUCAACACGCGCAACAUCGCCUUUGAGAGGAACAAGUCAGGGAUCUGGGGCUGGCGCUCGGAGAAGACUGAGAUGGUCAGUGGCUACGAAGCCAAGGUUUACAGUGCUACCAAUGUGGAGCUCGUGACUCGGUCCCGGACAGAGCACCUAUCAGACCAGGAUAAGUCAAGGAGCAAAGGCUCCAAGACCCCUCUGCAGUCUUUCCUUGGGAUAGCUGAACAGCACACAGCUCACAACGGGAGCAAUGUGUCCCAGUGUGCCAGCCCUCACAACCCCACAGCCAUCACAGCUGAGGAAUACUUUGACCCAGACUUCAACCUGAAUGGGCGAGACAUCGGGCGACCUGUGGAGCUGACGAGCAAAGUGCAGAGGUUUAAGGCCACUUUGUGGCUGAGUGAGUCCCACCCUCUCUCGCUGGCUGAGCAGGUGACGCCCAUCAUUGACCUCAUGGCCAUUUCCAACGCCCACUUCGCUAAGUUGCGGGACUUCAUCACCCUGCGCCUGCCACCGGGCUUUCCUGUCAAGAUAGAGAUCCCUCUGUUCCACGUGUUGAACGCCAGGGUGACCUUCAGUAACCUGUGUGGCUGCGACGAGCCGGUCAGCACUGUCACCGUUCACAAGACGGAGGGUCUUUGUGAAGCUGGCCAGUCUCCACCUCCCUUCCAGUGUGAGGUUGACCCCUCGGUGUUCGAGCCCCCUCCAGACUACACCACGCUGGGCCCGGGCCGCAGUGAGCCCAUGAGGGACGAGGACGACAACCUGCUGCAGUUUGCCAUCCAGCAGAGCCUGUUGGACGCCGGCACAGAGAGCGACCAGGUGACUAUCUGGGAAGCCCUGACCAACAGUCGCCCAGUCCUUCACUCACCCCUGCAUGAGGAGGACUCUCAGCUGGAGAGGGCAAUUCAGGAGUCCCUUACCAUCUCAUUGGCCAGUAGGGAGGGAGAAGACCCGGCAGACCCCAUCCAGCCCCCAUCUCUGUCCCCGCUGGACCCCGCUGCCAACUCCCCACCGUCUUACACCACAGUGUCUGAGCCGCGGUUGUCAGGACACUUCAGUGCGGCGACCAGCUUUGAUGAGCAGCUGCGUAUCGCGAUGGAGCUGUCAUGCAGGGAGCAGGAGGAAAUGGACAGGAAGCGGAAGGAGGAGGAGGAGGAGCUAGAGAGAAUUCUUCAGCUGUCACUCACAGAGAAGUGAAGUCGCCAUAUAACGAUGGAGACGGGUCUUCAUGGAGAACAAUCUUGUUAAUUUAUUCUGUUUGAUUCAGAAGGUUGUUUUUUUUUUAUUCCGACAUAUUAAGUUAUUACAGAUUUCCUAUUUAUCGCUUUUUCUUAUUCGUCUCUUUGUCAUAUGCAAAGGCUGCUACAGAAAGUAUAUAUAAGACCAGAAGGAUCGAUGGGGGAUAAGUUGACACGGUGGGAGGAGUCGGAUGUAAAAACAGGUACUCUUACAAACACUGCAGUGACGGAGGAUGUUGAAGGGAGUGCGUUUGUUAUUCUUUUUUUUUCACAAUCCUAUUGUCUGAGUGAUUUAAUGAUCCUUCAAAUGUAUACCUAUGAUGAUAUAAACAAUCUUAUCAAUUAUAAUGAUGCGACAUUUAAAAAUACCAUUAUGAAUUCAUAAAAUGAUAAAAAAAAAAAUCUAUUUGAAGCAGCUUUCUGUCGGCUGACUUCUGUGUGUGAAAAAUAAAAGAUGA